UUUAUUAUGUUUGUGUAUACUUGUGUAGUUUAUAUGCACCGUGUGUCAUGUGUGUCGUGUGUGUGUGUGUGUGUGUGUGUGUGUGUGUGUGUGUGUGUGUUUGUGCUUGCAUGAACAGUUCCACCAAAUCCAGAACUCACCAAUUUGGUUAGUCUAGCUAUUUAUCGUCCCCUUAUGGGUCCUGCCACUGCCUAGCAAGUACUUGCAUUGCAGGUGGACCCCGCACCAUCCUGCAUUCAUAUCAGAUCUGGGCAUUCAAAUCCCAGCCUCAGUCUAGUAAGCAUUUUGUCCACUGGGUUAUCUCCUCCAUCCAUCUAUUCUUUAGCAUACAGAAUUGACCUCAUUAAACUUCUGGAUAAACAUGCUUACAUCAUCAGUGCCCUUGAAGUAAAAUCCUUCCCUAUCUUAACGCCUCUUCUCUGUGUGUGCCCUGACAUUCCUCAGUAACCCCUUUCUCAACUUGAAUCUUAUAUCUUUCCCUUUCAGUUGUAUCUUAGGUUGGCUCCCUCAGAGGCAAACAGAUAAGGGUGGAUUGAGAGCAGUUCUUCAGAAGGUGAUCCCAAGAAAGCAGCUCUCAGUUUACAUUUUAGGCUGGGCUCCCUGGUAAGCAGAUAAGGAUUGCUGUGAACAGUUUCCCUGCAAGGUUAGUAGGGAGGGGACACAGGGAAAGGAAGGCACUACAGGGACAACAGGGUUCAUUUCAUUUCCAUUAAGGAACCAUGGGGAAAUCAUUGAAUAUCUCCAAGUCACGCAAUAGAGGAAUAAUAGGCUAGGCAUUUGUCCAUUGUUAGGAAGGAAAAUACUCUUAGGUUUAGUGGGUGUUUGUAUAUAUUGCCACCAAUGCAACAAUAGAAAAAAUGUCUAUUUAUAUGUAUAUGAGUACAUAAAAGAAAUAAUUCCAUAAAACAGACAUAAUACAGUAUAUGUCUUGAGAUUCUUUCUUUCUUUUUUUUUUAAGAUUUAUUUCAUGUAUGUGGUUACACUGUCGCUGUCUUCAGACACAGCAGAAGAGGGCAUCAGAUCCCAUUACAGAUCUUUGUGAGCCACCAUGUGUUUGCUGGGAAUUGAACUCAGGACCUCUAGAAGGACAGUCAGUGCUCUUAACCGCUGAGCCAUCUCUCCAGCCCCCUGCCUUGAGAUUCUUAAUCUUGAGAUGUACAAGAGAGAAACCAGUUCCAUGUUUUGAGCCAAAUUUGAAGCAAGCUUUACUUAAGUACUGACCAGGGUGGACUCUAGUCAAGACCACUCUAGAAUUCCCAGCAAGUGGCAAUGAGACAGGCAGUGUAGAGAUUUUUUUAAGGACAAAACCAUAUGGCUACCAUAUUUUCUUAUGCGGUUGUGUUGUUUUCCAAAAAACUACAACUCCCAGCAUUCCCACUUACCUGGUCCUUGGGCAGGUGGGACUUAGAGUUUAGCUUUAAGAGUAGUUUAACGGACAGAGAGGCUACAUGAGACAAAUAAAUAGGACAGAAGGAGUAAAAUAACUUUUGUAAGAACAAAUAAUAUUUAGGGAACGAUGAGAUAAAAAGCUUGUAAUGAUGCUUGUUUGUGCAGGUAGGAGGAUAUCAUCUCUUAUUUUCUCUCUUUUUAAAAAAAAUCAUUUGUAUUUCAUGUGUACGAGUGGUUUGCUGGCAUGUAGGUGUGGCACCACGUGCUGCGUACUGUCCUCAGAGGCCCAAAAAAGUUGUGAGCUGCCAAGUGGACCCUAGAAGUCAAACCAGGGUUCCCGUGUUCUUAGUUUGUUAAGCCAUCUUUCCAGCCUUUCCAUUAUUUUUUAAGACAAUCUCACACUAUAGCCAAGGAUAGCUUCCAACUAAGCAUUCCUCUUGCCUCAGCCUCCCAAGUGUAGGGAUUAUAAUUGUGAGAGGCCACUCCAGAGGUCUCCCCCCUUCUUCCUCCCCACAAAAAAAACCAGAAAGAGAGGUUCCUGCUGUCUCCCUUUCCCAUGCUUGUUUUUAGUGAGAUAACUGCAUCUGUUCAUUUUGCAAUCUUUACAAUAAUCCCUCUGAUGAAUUCUCUGGGUGAGAGCUUUUUGUUUUCUUUGUUGUUGUUGUUGUUUGUUUUUGUUUUUGUAGGCAUAAACUCCUUCACACACAGUAGUCAUAAAUAUUCAUACAUUUUAAAAAUAUUUUUAAAGAUUUAUUUAUUACAUAUGAAUACACUGUAGCUGUCUUCAGACACACCAGAAGAGGGCAUCAGAUCCCAUUACAGAUGGUUGUGAGCCACCAUGUGGUUGCUGGGAUUUGAACUCAGGACCUCUGGAACAGCAGUCAGUGCUCUUAACCGCUGAGCCAUCUCUCCAGCCCAUAUUCAUACACUUUAUUAUUUUAUAUGUAUGAGUAUUUUGCUUCUGCAUGUACCAUGUGUGUGCCUGGUACCUUUGGAGGUCAGAAGAGGGCAUUGGAUCUCCUAGAACUGGAGUUACAGAUAGUGUCUCAAUUAUCCAUUGGGUGGGGAUCAUCAAACCCCUGUCUUCCCUAAGAGUCACAUGUGCUCUUAAUUGCUGGGAUAACUCUCCAUCUCAACUUUUGAGUCAUACAAAAUUGAUUUUUUUUUUUUAAGUUAGGCUCUCAGAGGUUGGGGAUUUAGCUCAGUGGUAGAGCACUUGCCUAGCAAGCACAAGGCCUUGGGUUCGGUCCCCAGCUCCGAAAAAAAAAAAAAGUUAGGGUCUCAUGUAGAACAGGAUAUCCUUAAACUAGGUAUAUAGUGGAGGAUGGCCUUGAACUCCUGACCCAGCUUCAACCAACCCAGUGCUGGGAUCACAGGCAAGUCCACCAGGCCCAAUGUAUGUGCUGCUUGGGAAUGGAACCCAAGGCUUCAUUAAUGUUAAGCUAGCAGUCCACAGAGCUAUAUCCCCAGCUCCCAAGCUGAGUUGUGUUUUAUCUCCGUUCAGACGGAACACACUUCAAAAGUGAUGGCUAGUGGCUCCCUCUUCUGGGAGGUCCUCCGCUCAACCAGUCUCCUUAGCAACUUACCAGCGUUCAAAAAAAAAAUUUUUUUUUCCCAAUGUUAUCUAUUAUUAUGUGUGUGCUUAGUGUGCAUCAGCAUUCAUGUAUAAUGUGUAUUAGUGCAGAUCCGUGCACGUGGAGGUCAGAUACAAGUUUCCAGACCUGAUUCUCUCUGCCAUGGGCUCCAGAGACCUAACUCAUGUUGAGGUGUGCCAGCCCCCAGCAUAGCUGUAGCCAUUUUCUUCCAUGCCUGCCUGCUAUUUCAUAAUGUUUCUGUAACAUGCCUGCCACUCACUGACACAGGAAAAUACCUUGAUUCAGAGGAAGGGCAUGUUGAUCGUAUAUCCUGUUAUGUUCUUGCAUGUACUGCAUGAGGUUUGCUAAUCUUAAGAAAUCCUACAACGCUUUACAUAGGAGCCAUCAAAUUAAAGGUCAAUAUGAACUAUUACGUGUAAAAUGGCUUGAGUCAGCGUUGAUCACUGGCAGCACUUCCCCCAUUUGGGUAGGAGCUCACUAUGGUUUUUGUGUUUUUGUGGUUUUCCUUUAUAAGCUGACAGAGAAAAAUCAACAAUGUCAUGGCUCAAUCCCAUCUGAGUUACGGUUCUGAUUGAUCAGUAUUACGGUGUGUGUUCAAUAGGAUUUCAGUCCUAUCUGGACUGAAAUCGGUGUUUGUGUGGUUUGUAGGGGUUACUCAUGGACCCCAAUACUUAUGAAGGAGCUUAUACCCCCUGAGCUGGUUCCUUACUAGUUUUUUUGAGACACAGCGUCAUGUAGUCCAGGCUAGCCUCCAACUCCCUUUGCAGUGGACGCUGGCCUUGAUCUCUGCCUCCUCUCGCCUCUAUCUCCAAGGUGCAACAACCACCAGGCUGGACGAACCACUUUAGCAGUUUGUAUUCUUUGCAGCCCUUCCUGCUAUCUGCUAUCCGCUAUCUUCAAGAAACCCAGGAGACAGGAAUGCUGCUGGGGCUCAGGCCCUGCCUUCUGAGGCCCGGCCCCCUACCGCUCGCAGGCUCCGGCCGCGGUCGCGGCGGGGAGGAGCCUGCAGGCCCGGGGCUGGUGGGGACGCGCUGGCGGGCCAUGGCGGACCUCACCCUAUGCGCGUUCCUCACCAAGGUGCUGUGUGCUCACGGCGGCCGCAUGUUUCUGCAGGACCUGCGUGGCCACGUGGAGCUGUCGGAGGCGAAGCUGCGGGCCGUGCUGAGGCGCGCGGGCCCAGAGCGCUUCCUGCUGCAGGAGGUGGAGCUGCGCGACGGCCCGUGGGACCCUGAGGCCGAGGUGGCGGCGGGCUCGGGCUCGGGCUCGGGCUCGGGCUCAGGCGGUGGCGCCACGGCCUGCAGGGUGAUGGCCGUGUCCUCCGCGCGCCUCUGCGCCCGCUACCAGCGCGGGGAGUGCCAGGCCUGCGACCAGCUGCACUUGUGUCGCCGCCACAUGCUGGGCAAGUGCCCCCACCGCGACUGCUGGUCUACCUGCUCUCUGUCCCAUGAUAUCCACACACCUGUCAACGUCCAAGUCUUGAAAAACCAGGGCCUUUUUGGCCUCAAUGAAGCCCAGCUUCGAAUCUUGCUUUUGCAGAACGACCCCUGCCUUUUCCCAGAGGUCUGUUUACUGUACAACAAAGGUGGUGAUGUCCUUUAUGGCUACUGCAACCUCAAGGAUAAGUGCAACAAGUUUCACGUAUGCAGAUCCUUUGUGCGGGGUGAAUGCACUUUUCAGACCUGCAAACGCUCCCACCAGCUCAUUCACGCUGCCACCCUGAAGUUGCUAGAGGACCAAGAACUUAGUGUUUCAAGUGUGGUGAAUUUCCAGAUAAUCUCUACCUACAGACACAAGAAGUUGCACAAGAUGCUUGAAGAGAAAGACAACUCGACUUCUACUGAGCAAUCACAAGGCCUUGGGAAACAAGGAACCCCCGGGGCUGGGGCUGUGGAGGCCAGGCCUUUCUUCCCUGCCCGUGCUCAAUCGCCCUGGAAGCCCCAGUAAACCUUAACGAGGAAGCAAGAAGCAGCUUGUGCAUCUUGGAGGAUCAGAAGGAAGACUUCUGCUGAGAUGGAGUUUUUAGCUGGUCUUUCUUUCCCUCACUUAGUAUCAUUGGCAACUCGGAUACCUACCUCACAGAUGAUUGGCAGAAACGAAAAUAUACUUGCGACUGACGUUGGACCUGGAGUUGGCAAAGAGAGGGUAAAAUUCUGAGCACGCAGUCCAGGGUGAAUCCUGAAGCUGUAGCCUCUCUCUGCAGCUCCUGAACGCCUUCGAACCUCUGGAUGGAGGACAGGUUUCUGCUGCCUUCUGGGUCCAGCUGGUGUUUUCUAGACUCCAUUUAUACAGCUUACAUUACAGACAUCACAGUUUGUGUGCUCUGUCAUUAUUUGUUACUUGGGUUUAUACAUAAUCCCUUUUUGCACAGAAUUAUUAAUAUAGUUUAGUCACGUUUCUUAUUCUGGAAUAUUUCAUACUCUGACAAUGUUUGACUAUCUCAUUUUGUGUCUGUGCAGUAUUGGGUUUAAAAGCCAGUUUGUACUUUUGCCUGGCUUGUAGGUGCUAAACAAUACUGUCUUCUGAUACACAUUUCUUUAACCAUCUGUGUAGAUAACCUCUGUCCUUGCUUGCUAUUGGGUCUUGCUUGAUUUUGUGAAUUUCCUGUGUUGCAUUUUGUGGCUCAUGCCCUCUGUGCUGUUGUCAAUACCGUGUUUGUAAUAUUCAAGUUUCUGGGUCCAUCCUCAACCAGUAUCCCAGCUAAUAGUCUUUGGGCUCUGCCCAGAGGUUUCUACCUCACCCCACCCCUCUCAUCUUCUGUCGAGCCUAUCAGAGCUCAGCUGCUCUAUCUAGAGGGAUGUGUAAUUCGUUCCUUCCAGUUGUAUCUCCCCCGAAUGGAUGGAGACAGGCCAUCAGGAAUCUAUAUAUAUCUUACCCGUUUCAUGGUCUCGCCCUACUUCUCCCUCCCUCAGCCCCUCCGUCUCCACUCAUCCUGAUGUUUUCAGUGUGUGCUUUGGAGACAUUUGUUGUGGUCAUGUUCCCCAGUGUCACUUUGUAAAAAAGAUUUGUGUCUCUUACCAUAACAUGACAUUUGAGAAGUAGUAGCAAUUCAGUAAGUUUUCAUAAAGCCGAACUUCCCUUAUUUGGAGAAACUUUUAUCAUGAUGCCUAGGGAUCGAAAGAGAAGAGGGAUGUAAAAGUGUCCUUUCCAAAUGAAAAACCAGUUUCCUGGACAGUAAGCUUGCUGACUUACUGUUUUUCACUUCGGUGGUCGGUGACAGUAUUUCUGAAAUUGUGUUUUACAUUCUUUUCUUCCUUUUUAAAUUUCUAGCUGUGAUCUCUCUCUCUCUCUCUCUCUCUCUCUGUGUGUGUGUGUGUGUGUGUGUGUGUGUGUGUGUGUGUGUGUGUGAUCAAACCUAGGACCUUGCCCAUGUGAAGCAAAGUCCUCUACAACAAGGUACAUUUAAGUCCUGGACUUUAAAAUAAAUUUUUAGGCCAGUCACUGUGGUGUAGGCCUUUAAUCCCAGCACCACAGAGGCAGAGGCAAGCAGAUCUCAGUGUGUUCAUGGCUGCCUAAUCUACGUAGUAAGUUCCAGGCUAGUCAGAGCUGCAUAGUGAGACCCUGCCUCAAAAGAAAUGGCAUUUAAUUAUUAUUACGAUUUAUAUGCUGUCAUUUUCCUUUAUAUAUGAUGUUACUGGUCUGUAAUCAUUGUUGCAACAUUUUAUUAAAGUCUGUAAUAUUUCAUUUUAAAUUUUAGUUCUUUUGGAAUUUAGUCUACAAAAUUAUCUUUCUGUAUCUUUGAUACUGGGAAUAGGCCUACGGCUCAUGUGUGCCAGACAAGUGUUCUACCUCUGAAAUGUAUCCUCAGCACUAAAAUUAUGUUCUGUAACUGUUAUUGGACUGAGUCUGGAUGCUCAUUCCAUGAUGGGCAGAUAAAGAGAUGUACUGAGGGAAAAAGGUGAUUUUAUUCACAAAUCUUCUUAGAAAGGAAGGAUGGGGGUGUUACAGAGCUUGAUCAUUGGGGAGCUAACUUGGAGUCAGUUUAUACCAGUGGGUGAUGGCCGACGUUGGGUGUUCUCCCACCGUGCAUGGGACAGAUAACACACAGCUCCUCGCCUUGUCUUGAAGUGUUUUCACUUCUUCAUGUCUUAGAAUGGAUUAGUGUUCCUUGGGCUUUAUUUACUUUUUUUUUUUCUUUUUUUUCAGAGCUGGGGACCGAACCCAGGGCCUUGCACUUGCUAGGCAAGUGCUCUACCACUGAGCUAAAUCCCUAACCCCGGGCUUUACUUUUCAAAUUAGUUCCACAGCACACAGUGAACUGAUUCCCAGUGCCUGACGAGUGAACUCGGCUCCGUGAUCACCGCCCUUCCUUUGCUCUUAACUUCACUGAUAGCAAUUCCUCAGUUAUCCUGUUAGAGCUAGAGAGGUUUGCGUGGUAAAGUGGCAAGUUUCGAGGCUCCGGGUGAGCUAUCGGUUUCCUCCAGCCCUCCCCCCACCUCAUUCAUUUGUCUUAAGACAACAAGUUAUUGAUUGUCCCUAUUAGCUUUUUCUUAUUCCAUGGCAAAUCAGUUACCAAGUGUUGGAAGUACUUCCCCUCCUCAGAAAUCUCUUUAACAGUCAGUUUUCUUUGCCUCUCUCCACCUUCAGACACUGCCUUGGUGCACACCCACCACCUCCCACUGCCUUGGUGCGCGCACACACACACACACACACACACACACACACACACACACCUACCUCACAGCCUUUGUGUGCUCCUCUCAUGUAUUUCAUAGGCACAUUACUCAGUGAUGUCCAGGUUAGUUGUUGGGCUUUCUGGUUUUGUUUUUUCUUAUGAGGUGCUGGGUAGGCUCUUGCACCACUGCCAUCAUGGUAGCCACAUUUAAAUCACUGCUAUCGUUUGCCUUUGGAGAUUUCAUUUAUUCUCUCUUUAUUUAUUUGUUGACACGGUCUCAUGCAGCCCAGGCUAGUCUCAAACUCACUGGGUAGCUCAGGCUGGCCUUGAACUCCUUAUCCCCUUGACUCUAUGUCCCAAGUGGUGGGGGUGUAAGUGAAUGCUACCACUUCUGCCUCUAAAGUGGCUUUCGUUUCCCUCCUUUUAAUCACGUCUUAGUUAUUUAGUAUACGCGUUUAGGCUUCCGAGUAUAGUGAUGCGUAUGUGGAGGUCAGAGGUCACCUCCCCGCUGUCGGUUCUCUCCUUCCAUUUAUGGGUCCCUGGGAUCAAAUCCAGGUUGUUAGGCAUGGUGGCCAGUGCCCUUCUGCACAGAGCCACCUCAUGGGACCUUGCUUGUUUUGAGCUCUGUAGAGGAGGUGGCUUUAGACUUGUAAUAAUCCUGCUCCUCAAGUGCGGGGUCACAGGUAUGGGCCCCCCCAGGCUCUCCCCUCUUCUCCCUGCCUCCGUUUCAGCUGCCUGGUCUUUGGAAGCAAAUUUAAAGAUGUUGCAGUUUUGUUUUUCCUGCUGGACUUUUCAUCGGCCUCCACCACGCAGGGCAAGAGUCAUCCAUUAGGAUCUACCGGGCAGAGGCAGGUAAAUGGGGGUAAGAAGGGCUGUGGCAAGCCGUCCUGACAGUGAGGGUACUCGGUUCUGGUUCCCAUGUGGGGAUGUGGACCCAGAUCUCCACAUUGUUCCGUUUCUCAGAAGAAGCCAGAAAUACAGAUUUUUGUGAGAAACUACUUUGGUGAUUAAGUAUUAACUUUUUGGGUUGAGUUUUAGAAAUACAAGGUUAGAGUCUGGUGUUGUGAAACUUGUGAGCCUGUAAUUCCAGCACUCGAGAGCAGGAGGCAGACGAAUCCAGAGUUGAAGGCCAGUCUUCAUAACACAGUGAGUUAGAGGCUGGCCCAGCUACGAGAAACAAUGUCUCACACAUCAAACACCAAAACGGGUGCCAGAAUUUCAACCAACUCGAGUUUUUCGGAAUACAUUUCAUCUUACUACUCAUGUUUGUUUGGUUAUUUUUGGCUUGGUUUUGAGGCAGGGUAUUCUAGGCUGGUCUUGAACUCAGUAUGUAGCCUACAUUUUGGAUCCUCCUGCCCCCACCUCCCGAGUGUUGACAUCACUGGCAUUUGCUGCCUGCCGUGCCCCACUUCCUCGGUGCUAGGGACUGAAGGCAGGACUUGAUCACGCUAAGCAAGCACUCUGCCAACCAAGGCACAUCCCCAGGCCUAGGCCUGGACUCUGUCUUUAAAUGGUGUUGCCUCUUCUGGAAGCAUAAUCACCACUUCCCUCUGUGUGCCUCAAAGCCUGACAGAAUUACAAUUGUCAAGACUCUCAAUGACCCUUACUGACCCCAGAGAGGUGGUUUGUAUGCCUCGGGCUUAUACCUCACAUCCCAAAACUUUGGUUUUGAGCAAACCCACUAUUUAUUCCUCGUGGCAAUUCUGAGAAUUAGACCAUUUCUUGUCAGAUACUGAAUUAGUUGAUUCAGAAUAUGCUGGUUUUCAUUGUUUGUUUGUUUGUUUUCUGUUUGGGGUUCUGUUUUGUUUUGCUUUUCAGACAGGGUUUCUCUGUGUAAUAGAGCCCUGGCUCUCUUGGACUCACCAGGCUGGCCUUGAACUCACAGAGAUCUGCCUGUCUCUGAGUGCUGAGAUUAAAGGCAUGUGCCGGGGCUGGGGAUUUAGCUCAGCGGUAGAGCGCUUGCCUAGGAAGCGCAAGGCCCUGGGUUCGGCCCCCAGCUCCGAAAAAAAGAACCAAAAAAAAAAACAAAAAAAAAAAAACAAAAAAAAAAACAAAAGGCAUGUGCCACCACGUCUGGCUCUUAUCUUGGUUUUGUUUUUAUUUCAAAAAAAAAAAAAAAUCAGUCUCUCACAGGAGCCCUGGCUGACCUGGAACUCAUUACGUAGACCAGGUAGGCUGGAAAGAUCUGCUGGGACUAAAGAUGUUCACCACCACACUCAGCUCAGGUCCUUUAUUUAAAAAAAAAAAAUGCUUACACUUUUUUUUCCUAAUGAGGGUGAUAUGUGACACAAACAACUGAAUCACUGAAGUCUGCAGUCAGCUUCCGUCCAUGAAGUGGGUUGCCCGUCAAGGACAAGGAUCUGUCUGUCCAACAUCAGGGUUGAUGUUCCUCACUCUGUUUUUUAUACAUUUAUUAUGAUAAUUCUUUCAUGAUUAUUUUGUGUUUGUGUUACUACUCAUUAUGGGGAUCUUUCUUUUUUUUUUUUUUUUGGUUCUUUUUUCCGGAGCUGGGGACCGAACCCAGGGCCUUGUGCUUCCUAGGCAAGCGCUCUACCACUGAGCUAAAUCCCCAACCCCUAUGGGGAUCUUUCUGAAGCACUGCUAACUUUUAAGGUCCUUGCCUUUGGGUGAAUUGUUAGUUGUAAUAGUUGUGGAUGGCCUGUUUUUCUGAGUAGCGAUUUGUUAAUGUAGUUCUAUCAUUUUAUGUUAAAUACCAAUAAAAAUAUUGUUGGCAUUUCUUCAUUAAAUAUAGAAUUAGUUGUUAGCUUUGAGUGACUGUUCUUUAUUAGAAUCAGAGAAAUACUCUAUUAUUAUUUGUUGGAAGCUGAAGACUUGAUAAAAUGACUCAAUUUCUUAAUGUAAUAAUAUCUUAUUGCAUGAUUGAUUUCAUUCAAUGUUUUUAUAUUAAGACAUCCUUAAAUUUAUAAUAAAUCAGCUCAGCCUGA